UGAAUGUUACCAGCUUCUUUUAAAGGCUGUGAUCCUGAAAUGGCUGGGAUCUGGCGCUGGUCUCUGUUGCCACCUCUCACUGUGUGUGGUUCUCCCUCUCAACUGCAGCUCUGCCAAAAUGAAACACCUGCUUCCUUCACUUGUCAUCUCUCUCAUCAUAACAUCUGCAUGUGGGGGGAACAUGGGCCUGGGGGAACAGCCUGGAGAAGGCAGAGAGCGCUCCAAGCCUGAAAAUCCACAGUGGGAACAGCUAACCAAUAAAACCCUGGGCCUGCCCCUCCUCCCCGCUGACUUCCACAAGGAGAACACAGUCACCAAUGUCUGGAUCCAGGAGGGGGAGGAGGAUGACGACUACCUGGAUCUGGAUAAGAUACUCAGCGAGGAUGAUGACUACAUCGAUAUCAUUGACGCGGUCUCACCCAUGGACUCAGGGGCGAGUGCCGGCAACAUCCUCCAGCUCUUCCAAGGCAAGAGUCGGAUCCAGCGCCUGAACAUCCUCAAUGCGAAAUUCGCCUUCAACCUUUACCGAGCCCUGAAGGAGCAGGCUGGCACCUCUGAGAACAUCUUCAUAGCGCCUGUUGGCAUUUCUACCGCAAUGAGCAUGAUCUCUUUGGGCCUGAAGGGGGAAACUCACCAACAAGUACACUCGAUUUUGCAUUUUAAGGACUUCGUCAAUGCUAGCACCAAGUACGAGAUGCUGACUGUCCACAAUCUCUUCCGCAAGCUCACUCAUCGCCUCUUCAGGAGAAACUUUGGUUACACGCUACGGUCAGUCAAUGACCUUUACAUCCAGAAGCAAUUCCCCAUCCUGGAGGACUUCAAAACCAAAAUAAAAGAGUAUUACUUUGCGGAGACCCAGCCAGCUAACUUCUCCGACCCUGCUUUCACAGCGAAAACCAACAACCACAUUCUGAAGCUCACCAAGGGCCUCAUCAAAGAUGCUCUGGAGAAUAUAGACCCAGCUACACAGAUGAUGAUUCUAAACUGCCUCUACUUUAAAGGCUCCUGGGUGAACAAGUUCCCAGUGGAAAUGACUCACAACCACAACUUCCGGCUGAAUGAGCGGGAAGUGGUCAAGGUGCCCAUGAUGCAGACCAAGGGGAACUUCCUGGCAGCGAGUGACCAGGAGCUGGACUGCGAAGUCCUCCAGCUGGAGUACGUGGGGGGCAUUGGCAUGCUCAUUGUGGUCCCCCACAAGCUGUCAGGCAUGAAGACCCUAGAAGCACAGCUGGCACCCCAGGUGGUGGAGCGGUGGCAGAAGAGCAUGACAAACAGAACAAGAGAGGUGCUUCUGCCGAAAUUCAAGCUGGAGAAGAAUUACAAUCUGGUAGAGGCUCUGAAGUCAAUCGGGAUCAUAGCGCUCUUUGACAAAAAUAGCAACCUCUCAGGAAUCUCCCAAGAUAAGAUCACCAUCGACCUGUUCAAGCACCAAGGCAUCAUCAUGGUGAAUGAAGAGGGCACCGAGGCAGCUGCUGUGACCACAGUGGGCUUCAUGCCACUGUCCACCCAGGUCCGUUUCACUGUCGACCGCCCCUUUCUGUUCCUGGUUUACGAGCACCGAACCAGCUGUCUGCUCUUCAUGGGGAGAGUCACCAACCCUGUCAAGUCCUAAAGGUGGAGCUCUGGGCAGCUGCAGCAUUUUACUGGCCAGGCACGCUGUGAUUGUGUGUCCAUUCUAACACGACAAUGGAGAUGUCUGGCAUUGUGACACUUGUGAUUUAUGCUACCAAUCUGAAAUCGAGGCCAAAAGGAGAGAGGAAAUUCACUAGCGACUGAGAAGUUCAUGGGAAUCAAUACUGCGUAGUGAACAGCACCGUAAGUUGAUAGAAGUCAACGUAACCAGGUGUUACCUAGAGGGUCUCAGCAAGAGGGUGAGCUCUUGCCUCCACACUUACAGAGUGUGUUCUUGGGCACCUCCUUCCCUGGCAUUCCCUGUUCCUCAGCCGGGGCUCCCCAUCUGAACACGGAACACAGAACUGAGUUGCAGGACUCAUUCCUCAGCUCUCUCAAGUAUGGUACACAAUCAGCACCAUUUCUGAUACACAGGAAAGGAGGCCUGUGACAUACACAGGAUGCCUAGGGCAUAAAGGCUUAAUCCUCUCUGGACUCGGCCUUCCAAACUGAUGCACAAUGUCAUCUGUGCCUCUUGCUGUCACCUCACAGCUGCCCAAAGGAGAGGGUAUACACAUAGCCAUGUUUUUUCCCCCUUAGAGAUAAAUAAAUAUAACCACUUCUACCACGUAUCUGUUACAAUUCUAUUUUUGAAGCUCAAGUAAUGAACAAAAGUCAAAUUGAAAACAGGUGAAAUCCGCAGGAAUGCUAGAGGUUGGCAUUUCUACACAUGGACCAAUGUGCUCCAGGCUUGCUUUCAGGACUACAGUGUCUAGUGUUCUGUGAAGCACUCGGUCCAGUGUAGCUAUAGAUAGGGUUCAGAACUCCGUGUGGUACACGUGGGAUUCCAGAAGCAAGUGCCGCACUCUGCACAGGGCACACCCAACCUAUUUUACGUACCUUGGACACAGUACAACAGAGUGAGACCCAGGUGUGGCACUGUAGUGAAGUGGCUUUAGAUAAGGUAGACUGUCUUAGGCUUGGUUCUCUAGAUAAGCAAAACCAGUAAAGCGUACAAAUAGAGAGAUUGUAGAGGCUGGAAUGUCCCAAGUCAGUGGAACAGAAUAGAGGCUUCUCUCAAUUCAUGUAGCUGC